GAACAUCUGUGCAGGGAGCUAGCUAACAUCUCCUCGCCAACAGUUAAUUGUCACCAGAACCUGCUGAGAACAAACCUGUACAACAAACUGACUUCGAAAUAUGUUUAAAGGCUUGGACACUUUUACCCCUGGUAUCCCUGUGGCAUGUAUGAAGGUAGGAUGGACAGAAGAAAUACAGAUGAUGGAUCGUCCAUGCAUGCAGCAGUAUAAGGGCAGCCCUGGUGCGUAGUGCAGCAGAUAGACAUUCAACUAGGGUGAAGAUGGAAAUGUUGGCUUGACCGAAUGAAGGCAGCAGCAAAGCAAAUUAAGGAACCCGGCCAAUUGCACAGAGCAUCGGAGGAGCCAGGAGGUGAUAACAAAUGACUCAGCCGAGGGGGAAGGGAGCUCUGCUGGACUCACCCUGGAGCAGCUACACCACUUCACCAGGUCAACUUGGAGAUGAACUUUAAAGGAAGAUGUAACAAAUGAUCGCAGCCUCUCCAGCAAUUCAUAUCCACUGAAGUGCCAUAACCCUCUACAUAUCCUGACCUCAAUUUGGAGUCUGUGUGUUGAAGGCCCAUCUGAGGGUGAUGGUAUCGAUCUGAGCAGGGACUCUGGCAGCAUCAAUAAACAACAGGCUUCAGGCUUCAAGGCUGAGGAGACACAUCUCUAUUUCAGCCAGAGGGUUUUGCAUCUGGAUGCCCGAGUUGGGACAUGGCCCUGGAAGAUGGUUGGACGUGUUUUCUUACUGAACUCACAGCAGGUUUGGAUCGUCUGUUAGACCAAAGUCAGUGAAAUCAUCCAUACUGUUCGUUCUAUCGAGAUUUAAAUAACCUCUCCAAAAUGGACAGCGAGGCGAUAGUUAUCCGAAUAAAAACGCCUUCGGGGGACAUGGACUCGUCCGUCGACUGUCCAUCUCUUUUGAACUUCAAUGACUUGCUGGUGGCCAUACGAGAUGUAAUGCCCGAAGCUACUGUUACAGCCUUUGAAUAUGAAGACGAGGUGGGAGACAGAAUCACUGUAAGAAGUGAUGAAGAGCUCAAAGCAAUGCUGUCUUAUUACUGCAACACAAUGAAUGAACAACGCAUGAAUGGGCUGCUGCCGGACCCUCUACAGAUUUUUCCACGAGCCGGCAAGACUCCAGGGAUCCGGAACAUACAUGGCCUGAAGGUUAAUACAAGACCUAACCCAGCCAAUGAUUGCACACAUGCUGUUCAAGACUCCAUGGCCAACAACAGUUUAAAGAAGUCAUCUGCUGAGCUAAAGAGGAUCUUAACAAAUGGGCAGAUAAAUGCCCAAGAUAUCCACUAUCAAGAGCAGCUUGGCCAUGGAAACGGAGGCACAGUUUACAAAGCGUACCAUAUUCUUGGGAAGAAGGUUUUAGCUGUCAAGGUCAUUCCUCUGGACAUCACAGUGGAGCUACAGAAGCAAAUCAUGUCCGAAUUAGAAAUUCUCUACAAGUGUGAUUCGCCUUACAUCAUCACUUUCUUCAGUGCCUUUUUUGUAGAGAACAGGAUAUCCAUAUGCACAGAGUUUAUGGACGGUGGUUCUUUGGAUGUGUACAAGAGAAUUCCAGAGCAAGUAUUGGGGAGGAUCGCAGUCGCUGUAGUCAAGGGACUGACGUAUCUGUGGAGCCUGAAGAUACUUCAUAGAGACGUCAAGCCCUCCAAUAUGCUGGUGAACACCCGGGGACAAGUCAAGCUCUGUGACUUUGGUGUCAGCACACAGCUGGUGAAUUCUAUCGCCAAAACUUAUGUGGGAACUAACGCAUACAUGGCGCCGGAGAGGAUAUCAGGGGAACAGUAUGGUAUUCAUGCAGAUGUCUGGAGUGUGGGAAUCUCUUUCAUGGAGUUGGCAUUAGGCAUGUUUCCAUAUCCACAGAUUCAGAAAAACCAAGGAUCUUUAAUGCCUCUCCAGUUACUGCAAUGCAUCGUUGAUGAGGAUCCUCCAGUUCUUCCUGUGGGCCAGUUCACUGAAAAGUUUGUUCACUUCAUCACUCAGUGUAUGCGGCGGCAACCGAAGGAGAGGCCUGCCCCCAAUAACCUCAUGGAUCAUUCCUUCAUCAUACAGUACAAUGAUGGAAACGCAGAGGUGGUGUCCCAGUGGGUCUGUCACUGUCUGGAGGAGAGGCGAGCUCAGCAGGCUCAGGGACGUGUCUGAUCUCCUGCAGCCUGCCUGUUACGGACCUGGAUGUUUGGUGCCAAACCUUGGACACCUAUUAAGGGUUUAGGGUCAGUUAAGUUCAUAUAGCACUGCACCAGUGGACAAAAAUCACCAUGUUGAAUACUUUGAGUGAGUAAAGAUCACAAAAUGUAUGUUCGUGACUCAGAGGAGCUCACCCCUCUUGAACUCUGGAAGAGCAGAGAGAUCAGCACUUUUUCAUAACGUGGUGUCCAUUCAGCAGCUUUAUUCCCACAGUUUUCGUGAGUACACAGAAAUGAGGAGUAUGAUCUGAUGAACUGACAUAAACAACUCUGAUUUAACAGCAAAAUAAUAAAAAAAAAAACUCAAGGCAUCAGACUGCAAUACAUGGACGGAGGAAUUCUCUGCUUCUAUCUCAAACAACUAGUCUUGUGCUUUACUGUGGACAGCCCUCUACUGAAUGUUAAGGUUUCUGCCUGUGAGUAUAUGCCCAUUUUGUGUGCCUGCUUUUCCAUUUGUGUCAUUUAUUACCUCAGAAAACUUAGGUUGUCACCCUAACAGGCAAAUUUUCCCUAAAAUAUAUACAUGUAUUUGUAACCAGCUAUUGCCUUCUCUGUGUAAGCUUCAUACAAAGCUCUUUAUGAGAUGUUAAAGUCAACAAGCCAGCAGUAUCAGUCUGACGCAGCUCUGCGGUGUUACAGCAUGGAAGGAUCACCAUGCAUCUUUUCUUAGCUCCAAAGUUUGCCAUGGAAAAUAUUAAAAGUGACAUAUUAUACCCCAUCUUUAUUUUUGAGACAGUCCCCUGUGUUUUAAAUGCUUUGGUCAAAAUAGCAUUUGGAUCAAGCACCAGAGGAGGUUUUUGACCCUGUAUAAACCAGCUCUAAACAGCCAAAAUAGCUCCUUCUCACCCCACCCCUCUCUCAGUGAGCCCACACAAGACAAUAAAUAUGACAAGACAAAGUACAUAAACUACAUUAAUAAAUAUUAUAUAAAAUAAUCAUUAAACCUACUCAGUACUACGUAGUGCUGCUUUGUGCCAUAGGUUGAGAUGCAAGUGCAUGGUAGUCGUUGUUGUAAUGACUGUUAUUGUGUUGUCACAAGGAGUGCAGUUUUUUAACAGAACGUCAGAUUUCAUAUUUUCACGUAUAUCAAAUCACAAGAAAGGCCUGUGUUGGCUUAUCUUCCAUUUUGUGGGCCAGUGAAUACUCCAGCUUUGUCAUUAAACACGUUUUUAUAUAGAUACUAUUUUAUGUGUUUGCACAGACAUGACUGCCACUGAAUGCCACAACUUCUACAAUGUAAUCUGUGCUGAAGUGUUUUUUAGCUUCCAUUUAGCAGCUAUAAAGAGAGAGGCACCAAAGUCAAACACUUUUAAAUUUAAGGUUGUUUUUAAUCAAUUUUUUGCCCGAAGAUUGUCAGCUUGUCAAAAUACUUAGAUUUUUUUUUUUUCCAAAAGAAUAAAAAAAGAAGGGCUCUGUAUGUAUUGCCUUGACAAAUCUGGAACAUUUUAGUAACAGCAGUCAUUCAAUCAGUCAGUCUUUAUUUUCAUAGGACCUAUAAAUUAUCAAUGUUAUCUCAAGACACUAUGAAAAGAGGACAGUUCUAGACCGUACUGAUAUUUUAUUUACAGAGAUCCAACAUUAAUCCAUUAUGAGCUCAGUACCAGGCAGUAUUAAACAAAGUUAAAGUGGCAUAUCAGUGCCAGCAUAUGUUAUAUGGACAAAGUAUUUGGCCUCACAGGUAAUAAUGAAUUUAGGUGUUUCAAUCAGACCUGUUGCAACAGAUGUAGAAAAUGAAGGACCUAGCCAUGCAGUCUCCACCUGCAAACAUUUGUGAUCCUAAACGGGUCGUUCUGAAGACCUCAGUGACUUUAAGCUUGGCACUGUGAUGGAUGGCACCUUUGCAAUGAGGUAAUAAUAAUAAUGGUUCAUGAAAUUUCCUCCCUGUUUGAUAUUCCACAGUCAGUUGUAAGUGAUGUUAUUAGAAAGUGGAAGCAUUUAGGAGCAACAGCAACUCAGCGAAGUGGAAGACCAUGUGAAAUCACAGAACAACUGCUAUGGCGCACGGUGAGUUAAAGUCACCAACACUGCUGAUUCCAAAACCUCCACUGGCAUUAAUGUAAACAUAAAACUAUGCAGCAGGCACUUCAUGGAAUGGGUUUCCAUGGCUGAGGAGCUGCAUGCAAGCCUCACAUCACCAAGUCCAAUGCCAAACAUCAGAUGGAGUGGUGUAAAGUACACUGAUACAGGACUGCGGAUUCACAAGAUGAAUCACGAGUCUGGGUUUGGCAUAUGCUGGGAGAACAUUACCUGUCUGACUGCAGUGUGCCAACUUUGAAGUUUUUGGAGGAUGGAUAAUGGUAUGGGGCUGUUUUUCAGGGUUUGGACAUGGCCCUUUGUCUCCAGUGAUGGUCAGUCUCAAUGCUUCAGCAUACCAAUAGACUUUGGACAAUGCUAUGCUUCCAACUGUGUGGCAACAGUUUAAGGAAUAUUCCAACAUGACUGUACCUCAAUGUACAAAGCAAGGACUGUUAAGACAUGGUUUAAUGAGUUUGGGGUGGAAGAACUUGACUGGCCCAACCCCAUCUAGCACUUUAGUGACGAACUGGAAUGGAGACUGCAGGCAAACCAGGCCUUCUUGUCCAACAUCAGUACCUGACCUCAGAAUGAGUGAAAGCCUUCCGAGAUGAGUAGAACCUGUUAAAGCAGAAAAAAGGGGCCAACUUCAUAUUAAAGCGGCUGAAUACUUUUGUCCAUAUAUUGUAUGUUGCAAUCAUAUUUUUGCCAUUAACGCUGUGUAUAGGAAUUUCAUGUUGUGUCUUGUAUAUACAAACAAAAAAUUACCCAGCACUGAAAGUUUAGGACUUGUCCUUUUGUUGCUGUGGUAUUGAAAUGGGUAUCCUUAUUUUAUUUUAUUAUUAUUAUUUUUUUUUUUUAGAUUUAUUUUGGGUUUUUUAUGCCUUUAUUUUGAUAGUGGAGGACAGUGGAUAGGUUUGAAAACGGGAUGAGAGAUCUGCACGCCCUUAUUUUAAUUUUGAUAGAAUCACAUCCAAGUUAUAAAUGUUUUUUAGCAGCAGUAGUUAGAUUGGAUUAUUAUAUGCGACUGUCAUUAUUAUAUGCGAAUGUCAUGUCUUUUACUGACAUUUUAUUUUAUUACCCUGCCAAAAGAAAUUAGAAUUCCUUAAGGCCUAUUUGAAGGAUUACAUUGAUGCAGUGCAUUCAACACCAAAGAUCAUUGAAGUCCAUUGUGGUGAACUAUAGAGAUUUCUCCUCUCUGAAGCAACAUUAAUGUGUUGGGAGACUAAAAUGAAAAAGCUUCAAUAGAAUGGGUGUGUGAGGUUGGUGAAGGGUUUGCCGCUCAAGUUCGAUUAAAUGCCACAAAGUGGAAUCAAAGCAGUGAUAAGAUUUGUAAAGUGCUGGCACAAAUGUAAAUCAGCACUAUAUAUCAUUAAAUGAACUACUGUCCUCUCUAUCAGUGAGAAAGAAACAUGAAAGGUCAAUAUUUAUCACUCACUGCACUUUGAAUAUGAAUCACACAUUUACUCCAACCUUUCAUUUUACCUUCAGGAACAAUUUUAAGAUAUUUCCAGCAUUUUUAAGACCAAAUCUAGUCUACAGGAUACUUUAUCAUCAGUCUGAUCUUAUAUUCAGGAUGGGCUGUUAAUUAAGCUUUUAUGCUAGUUUCCUUGCUCUGGACAUAUUUAUGCACCAAAAUCAUUCAGUAACUUUAAAGCCCAUACUCUUUUCUGUUAUGAAAAUAUGAAACGCAUUGAAAUGUGCAAAAUAAUGCCAGUGCAUGUUUGAUUCUUUUCAGAAAGUUUUUGCGGAUAUAAUGUAUUUAAAUGUCUGAAAAGUUGUAGAGGCAGUAGUUGGGAGGGCAAACUUUGAAAUGAAAGAAAAAUUCCAUCUCACUGUUGACUUCACCCACUUUGUGUGAAGCUGGCAGACCAAGCCAGGGCUAAAAGCUAGAAAGCUAAAUAUUUUUGUUAAAUAACUCGCUUAAUACUGAAAAUGUAGUAUUAGGGCAAACAUGUCUCCACUAAAGAUUAUUUAUUUUGUCAGGACUCUUACCAAACUAGAAUGAAUUUGUUCUGUUCACACAUUGUGUCAUUUAGCUGUGGUUGAAACCUGUCUUAGGCAGGUUAUUGGGCAUGGGUGGGGUUGGUAGGCCAAAAGUCCCCUUUUUCCCUUUUACUGUAUUCUAGUUCAUGAUUACAUGAUUGUAAUUGGGAUCCAAAAAUAACAACCUCCCCACACUGUGUACUACUUUUAAGUGAAUAUGGUGAACUGUACAGCCAGCCGAAGGCCAUCACAUCAUGAUUCCUGCUGUUAAUUCACUCACUGCUCGAUUUAUUAGGUAUACCUGUUUGACUACUUAUUAACACAAAUAUUCAAACAGCUGAUCAAUGGCAGUAUCCAGCAGCAGUAACUGGAGACUUAAGGCAGUGGUUCCCAAUGUGGGGCCAGGACCCCUGAUGGGGAUGCAAGAUACUAAGAGGGGUCAUGAGAUGCUUGAAAAAAAAUAAAAGUAGACAGAAAGAAGCAACCGUGUAUUUUUAUCAGUCAUUCUAAAAAAUAUCUUUUAAAAUUAGUUCAAUAUAAAAUAAAACCCAAUUAUCAGUAUUUGUGCUCAAAUGUAAGCAAUGUGUACAAGAAGUCUUUAACCAUCUGAGACUGGUGUCAUUUACAACAAGAAAUGACACAGGUUAUUAAAAGUUCAAUAACUCUUCAGCCAUAAAUCUUGAAGCUCGGCCUUUUGCUGUUUCAGUGACAGAACAUUUCUGCCUCUAACUUUGAAUGCUAACCACCAUAUUGUUUUCCACAAUGUUUUUUGACAACCAGUAGCAGGCUUUUUAGCUGUUACGUCAUACUUUGCCAAAUUGCGCAUGCCUUUGCACUUAGCUCAUGCAGGAGACGUCCUGAAUAGUUCAUUAUAGAGAGAAAGUGAGACUAAGAGCCUCUGAUGUGGCCUUCUGUGUCACUUCAGACAGGAACAGCUUUGAAUAAUGGCACAAAGAGAGCCAAUACAAAGAAGCACAAGGACUUUUAUUGUAAAUAGGUGAAUAUUUUGAAUAUUUUCUUUUACAGAAUGAUUAUUUUUUCAUUUUUUUUGCAAGUUUGUAUCUAAAAAAGCCUUAGUCAUAUUUGUUUACUGUGUGUCACACACAAAAAUCUUUGAGUUUCAAUGUCCGUUCAGUUUUUUCCUUUCUUGAUAGUCCCAUAACUUUUUUUAAAAUUCUAUUGACAUUACUACCGCACAUAUAUUCUUAAAGUCAAGUUUGUUAUGGAAAAGGAUGUGUAGAGCUUGACUGUGCACCACAGGGUUGAUGUUUUACAAGCUUGUUAAGACAAUAAAUCAGGGCAAGACUAAAUAGUUAAAGAUGGCUUAGGCCUCAGAGGGUUGAAAUAUAGAUUUUUACAUGAUGCUUUGCACAACAUUGCAUGCUUUACCACCAUCAGGGUCGAUGGGGGACCCCGGUCUCUUGUGCUGUUAUUUUAAAUGAGCUUUAUUGUGAAUGAAUCUGCAUCAUGGGCUGAAAAGUUUGGGAACCCCUGACUAAAGUGACUUUGAACAUGCCGUGGUUGUUGUUGAUCUGGCAGGCUUUUUGUCCACUUCACAUCAAAUUCUAAUCCUAAUAUUUGAAUGCCACAGCAGAAAUCAAGACUCUUAGCUGACAGGAGUGACACCGUGUGUGGUCUUCUGCUGCUGUAGCCCUUGUACUUCAUGGAUUGACAUUUUGAUGUGUGGUUAUUUGAGUCGUUUCCUUUCCAUGAGCUUGGACCAGUCUGGUUAUUCUCCUCUGACCUCUGCCAUCAACAAGGCAGCCCCCCCUUUCCCUGGAUAUUUCUCUUUUUAGUCUGUUCUCUUUAGAUUAACAGUUUAUGAAACAAACAAUCCAGUGUGACGCCAACAACCUGUGCCCUUUCAAAGCCGCUUAAAUCACCCUUUCUCGCCCAUUCUGAUGCUUGGUUUGAACUCAAGCAGAUCGUCUUGACUACGUCUUGGCUGAUCAGAUAUUUGAAUUAAGAAACAGCUGAACAGGUAUACUUGAUGAAGUGACUGGAUAUGUCAUUAGUGCAUCCGAUUUCCUUUUAAACAUGAAACUUAGAAAACUUUAGAGAAGAUGUCACAAUGACAAAUAUUCUGCUUAUUGGUCAGAAGGAAACUUAAGAAUUUAAAGAUACUGCUUUAAUUUUAUUUCAUCAACAUGGUUUUCCAACAACUGAAAAUGAAUGAAAAUGUGCUCUUCAUUAUAACAAACUUAUACUGUAAAUUAUGUAAAUCUUGCAGUUAUUUUGUGUGUUGUAGAAACUAACCUGUGGGAUAUCAACCUUACAUGAAGUUGGCCUUAAAUGUAACCGAAGCUACAGCACACAAGCGUCUUCAAAAUAAAAUUUAAAAAAAUGUAGAGAAGAGUUCGUCAUGGCUGCUGGCUCAUGCUGAGCUCCUCUCUUAUGUAAAUAUUUUCUUGUUACUUAAAUGAAACCAAAAAGAGGAAACAUUUCACAUUGUUGUUUGGAAAUGUACUCACUGACUGUGAUUUAAAACGUGUAUUUGUAGAAAUGGUGAAAGUAUUUAUUUUUUUUCUUACUUUGCAUACAGCUUACAAUAGAGAUCACCUCCUGUGAAUCUUGCCGUGUAUCGUUUUUUAAUCAUAAACCAUGAAGCAUUAAGUCAGUGAUUGGACUCAGCAUUUAUGUCAGUGCUGUGAUAUUGCUGGCUGAUUUUGGCCUUUUCUGUAUUUAUCUGUGUCGGCACAUAUUCCAACCAUAAUAAAAU